AUGUCUACUGGAGGAAAAGCAGGAAAAGGUCUUGGAAAGGGAGGAGCCAAGCGUCAUCGAAAGAUUCUUCGUGACAACAUUCAGGGAAUCACCAAGCCCGCCAUUCGUCGUCUUGCACGCCGUGGUGGUGUUAAGCGUAUUUCUGGUCUUAUCUAUGAAGAGACUCGCACCGUUCUUCGCGUCUUUUUGGAAAACGUCAUUCGCGACUCUGUCACUUAUACCGAACAUGCCAAGCGCAAGACAGUCACCGCAAUGGACGUCGUUUAUGCGCUUAAGCGCCAAGGUCGUACUCUCUACGGCUUUGGUGGAUAG